AUGGAGGAAGCCGGUGAGCGGUCCUGCUCGGUGGAUGUGCUGCUCGUGGUUAUCUCGCGGCCGGCAGGCAGCCUGCCCCGCGACGUCCUCGCCCUGCCCAUCUUCAAACAGGAAGAAUCGAGUUUGCCUCCUGAAAACGAGAACAAAAUUCUGCCCUUCCAGUACGUGCUGUGCGCAGCCACUUCCCCUGCAGUGAAGCUCCACGAUGAAACGCUCACCUAUCUCAAUCAAGGGCAAUCGUACGAAAUACGGAUGUUGGACAACAGGAAAAUCGGGGAGUUGCCAGAGAUAAAUGGGAAACUGGUGAAGAGCAUAUUCCGGGUGGUGUUUCACGACCGGCGGCUGCAGUACACGGAGCAUCAGCAGCUGGAGGGCUGGAGGUGGAACAGGCCUGGGGACAGGAUACUGGAUAUAGAUAUCCCAAUGUCCGUGGGGAUCAUUGAUCCUAGAGCGAAUCCAACCCAGCUGAAUACAGUGGAGUUUCUAUGGGAUCCUUCAAAAAGGACUUCGGUGUUUAUCCAGGUUCACUGCAUCAGCACGGAGUUCACCAUGCGGAAGCAUGGAGGAGAGAAGGGGGUGCCCUUUCGGGUCCAGAUAGACACCUUUAAGGAGAAUGAAAAUGGGGAGUACACGGAGCACCUGCAUUCUGCCAGCUGCCAGAUCAAGGUCUUCAAGCCCAAAGGAGCUGAUAGGAAGCAGAAGACGGACAGAGAAAAGAUGGAGAAGCGAACCCCUCAUGAGAAAGAGAAAUACCAGCCUUCCUACGAAACUACGAUACUCACGGAGUGUUCUCCCUGGCCAGAGAUAACAUAUGUCAAUAACGCGCCAUCCCCUGGCUUCAACAGCUCCCACAGCAGUUUUUCCAUUGGUGAAGGAAACGGCUCCCCAAACCAUCAACCCGAGCCACCCCCUCCGAUCGCAGAUAACCUCUUGCCAACGAGCACGCCCCAGGAGGCCCAGCAGUGGCUGCACCGAAACCGUUUCUCCACUUUUUCACGGCUUUUCACAAACUUCUCAGGUGCAGAUUUACUGAAGCUGACUAGAGAAGAUGUUAUCCAGAUUUGUGGCCCUGCAGAUGGCAUCAGGCUCUUCAAUGCAUUAAAAGGACGGAUGGUGCGGCCCAGACUCACUAUCUACGUGUGUCAGGAGUCCCAGCAGCUGAGGGACCUCCAGCAGCAGAAGCAUGAGGACGGGGACGCAGCCAGCAGUACUUUCUUUGUGUACCACGCUAUUUAUCUGGAGGAGCUGACAGCGGUGGAGCUGACGGAGAAAUUAGCCCAGCUCUUCAGCAUCUCUUCUCGACAGAUCAGCCAGAUUUACAAACAAGGUCCAACAGGGAUACACGUGCUGAUCAGCGAUGAGAUGAUACAGAACUUCCAAGAUGAAUCAUGUUUUGUUCUGGACACCAUGAAAGCUGAAACCAAUGAUAGCUACCACAUCAUCUUAAAAUAGGAGGGGACAGGAUGAGGAACGUGCGCGGUCCCCUCGUCACGCGCGAAGACCCUUCACUUACGGCACAAGGACACAAGCAGAGAUCUGGAAAUUGCUGGGCACCUUCUCGAAAGACCCUGAACUGCUGGUUACUCUGCUGGACUCUCUCGCGGGCGACCGCCUUGCUCUUACGGCGUGCGAGCUGCCAUUGAUGGUAACAUGCUGCUUAGCUGCUGGAGCCGUGAGGCCGAAGUUACCAGGUUGCACUCUCACGUAGCUAUCGGGAGAGAUUUGCCAUUGGGACAUAAGACCCGUGUAAGGGUUUUGCUAUGGCAAACGUGCUCUGCUUGUCUGAGAGGCAUUGGCUCCCGUGACGUUCGAAGACUUGUGAGUGAACAUUGAUUAAACUGGCCCAACAAACACUUUCUCUCUGGCACAUGAUGAGCUGAGCAGGUCUCAAAUGUGCCGCAUACUGCGCUGACGGAGUGGUAGGCUAGGGCUGGGAGUGGGUGGGAUUUUUUUUUUAAUUAUUUUUUUUUAAGCUUUCCUUUAAUAUUACAAUGCAUCUGUCAGACAAAGGUGGUGACUUCGUUUUCUCCUCUCCGCCCACCCUGAAAGCAGUGUUGACUUUGUGCGUGGGUGUGGUUGUGGUGCCAUCCUUCCCUUGCGAGUACUAAGGUUGUCAGGAACUUCAUAUUACAGACUUAGUUUGUACGGAUGUAUUCAGUCGGAGCGAAAUGUGGAGUGAAACGAAGUGAAAUUGGAUAAAGAAAUAGCUAACUAGUUUGGUCUGUGGGAUUUUUUUCUGCAUGUUUUAAGAAUCUCAAGGGAAAGGAAGGAAGACGUAGGUAUCCCUAAUGAAAAUUUGAGUGGUAUCUGCAUGCUGACUUGUUUUCUGCCCCUGCAUCCCCCUCCGCAGCCUCCAUAGCUGACCAGUGCUGGUCAAGCCCUGCAUGCACUAAGGAGGAAUUAGACAAGUCAGAAAAGUUUAUUCAAAACUUGAUGGUGACAAAAGUGCCUAUGUGCAGCUGGCCAGGACAGCAGUCGAGCCUCUGGGGCGAAGGGUCUGCCACGUGGAGCAGGUACUAGAUCAUACUUCCCUGUCCGUAAGAUCUAUGGUAGAGAUGGAGUUGCCUUGGAUAACGCCUGCUUCUUAACCAAUUGAGACUCAGCAUUACCCAAGAAUGUUUUGGGCAAAAUAAGUAGGGAAAAAAAUACGCUAUAAAUCAGGCGUCUUAUUUGAAAGGAGGCUGCAACAAGAACCAGCGCAGGGCAGAAGACGUAGGUCUUGGUUCAGGCCGGGGAAGGUCCCAGGGGUGAGUGAAGUCACUGGUGUAUGCGACAAUCUGACAGUCACGUCCCUGCUGCUGAAAUACUGGCUGCUCUUCUUUAUUUAUAAGCCAUAAAAUAAUCUGUUCCCAACAUCCUUGUCCGUCUCCUAAAAAAAAUUAUGUCUUUUCCUUGGAGAUGCAAAGCAAAAUACCUGAAACAAACGGGAGCUGGGGGGGUGGGAAGGCCAGGCCUUCUUGUCCUUCACCGGCACCGGCCAAGCGCCCGUGGCCUCGGCGUGUUGUUCUGCCCUUGUGCAAAGGGCCUGUAGAUCAGUAGCUCUCUAGAUGCACUUCUUCAGACCCACAUCUGCUCCCUCUCAUCCCCAAAAUCAGCUCCCAGCCGUGCCCAGGCCUGGAUCGCAUGGGGGUUGGCGAGGAACCGAAUGAUCCCAAACUCAGUCCUGCAAACGAUCCGCGCGGGUCAGCGUUGCAACGUUUGCGCCGUCAAUCAGCGAGGGGUAACGAUGCCGGGACAAGUCAUGUAAAAACUGAUUUUGCUUGCUUCUCCCAGUGAGCAGCGCAGCGUGCUGAGGGAUCGACGGACGGCGAACUCGGCGUGCAGAGGUGCUAGCGUUCGGGCAGCUCGCCUUUUGUAUGUGUUUUGGUACGCUCGGCGAUUGGGAAGAUGUGUAUUUUAAUCCUGGGGUUUUUUUUGUUUUGUUUUUCCUGUUGGUAUGCAAGAAGUGUAUUAAGACGUGUACAAUAGCA